CCCUCAUUUUCCUUUUUCGCUCUCUAAACAGAGCUCAGAGGACCUUCUCGCAUGGCGAAAACGAGACCAGGGAAAAGAGACUUGGACUCGUACACCAUCAGAGGCACCAACAAGAUCGUAAGAGUUGGUGACUGCGUUUUGAUGCGUCCUUCGGACACAUCGAAGCCACCGUACGUGGCGAGAGUGGAGAAGAUCGAGUCCGAUAGUAGGAACAACGUGAAGGUUCGUGUGAGAUGGUACUAUAGGCCUGAAGAGUCCAUUGGUGGAAGGAGACAGUUCCAUGGGGCAAAGGAGCUUUUCUUAUCUGAUCAUUAUGACAUUCAGAGUGCUCACACCAUUGAAGGGAAGUGUGUUGUUCACUCCUUCAAGAACUACACAAAGCUUGAGAAUGUGGGUGCCGAAGAUUACUACUGUAGGUUCGAGUACAAGGCUGCUACUGGAGCUUUUACACCCGACCGCGUCGCUGUGUAUUGCAAGUGUGAGAUGCCUUAUAACCCGGAUGACCUCAUGGUGCAGUGUGAGGGAUGCAAGGAUUGGUACCAUCCUGCAUGUGUGGGAAUGACUAUUGAAGAAGCAAAGAAGUUGGAUCACUUUGUAUGUUCUGAAUGUUCAUCUGAUGAUGACAUGAAGAAACCCCAGGCUACAUUUCCAGUGUCACCAGGAUCUGAUGGCAAGGUGGAGCCGAAGCGACGGAAGAGAUGACCAUCAAGGUAGAGGAUUUAGCGUGAGACGUGGCUUUUGCUGAACUUUGGCUGUGGUUUGUGUGGUAGUAGUUGGUGUGUUUGUACAGCUUCGACCAGAGGCUAUAAAACAUUUGAUGUAUUUGACUCAGCUUAUGUAUCUAUUGGUGCUAGUUUUAUGACUUAUCAGUUUCUCCUUUUGCUGUCCAGAAAGAGUUAGCUCCGGUCUCAAGUGUUAAUGUCUCUGAGAUAACAUCAAAACCUCAAACUAUGGAGUAAAAAGAAAUUAUCAUUAGUUUUCUAAAAUCUUGGUUCAUUAUAUGUAUAAUUCUAGGCUAUUGUGUUUCUGGUAACUAUGGUUGGAUGGGAAAAGUACUUUCCUUUGUUUCUUUCCA